AUGCCCAGAGUUAAAUGGAUUGACGGUAUUCGAGGAGCAGCAGCAGCUGUGGUUGCAUUUAACCAUUACUUCAAUGGCGAAAUCACUACGCCUUUCCGCACCUACUGGACAGAACCGCUCAAAGACAACCAACAACUCAUUCAACUUCCUCCGAUCAACUUUCUUUGGUCUAUGGAUGCCAUGGUCCCCUUUUUCUAUGUUAUAUCAGGCUAUUCAACCGCAAGUGGCUUGCUAGAGCUUAGAGACAAGCAGUCUGAACUAUUCAUAGAUCGUGUACGAUCUUCAGCCAUUCGCCGCUUCAUCCGUCUCGCUCUGCCAUUGAUAGGAUUGGGCGUUUUCUGCCAAAUUACUUUUUUCUGUGGUCUUUUCAUUCGAUCUUUGCCAGAGGAUUCUGCGCCCGGUCUUGAGCCAUGGUCCUCACCGUGGAGUCACUUGGGCUAUCUUUCCAGAUAUGUGGCAGACAGUCUGCAACUCUUUCAGAUUCAGUACAAUCAUGGUCUGAGCCAGCAAUUUUGGACAAUUCCACUUGAUUUACGUGGAUCUUUUGUUGUCUACUUGGUGAUUAUCCUCCAAACUCCAUGGCAGCCCCGCGUGAGACUAUCGCUUUUGGCCCUCCUACUCGCGCAUACUCUGUGGUAUGGCAUUUGGGACAUGUUCAGUAUAUUGUCCGGUCUUGCCUUGGCCGAGAUCAGCGCUCUCUAUAACCGCACCGGCUAUCAACCCAGAUUCCUGCGUGGAACCAUCAGUUAUGUCAUACGCUUCGCUAUCGCGGCGUACCUGGGCUCUCUCAGCAGUAAAAACAGCUACCCUCCCGAUUUCCGCGUUCUGGAACUUGCACAGCCAUGGAGAUGGUCACGUUACGAUUGGACGAAUGCGAGACAAAACUGGCAUUCCAUAGCUGUGGUCUGCCUAUUCUCGGUCCUCAUGCAGAGCCCUCGACUUCAAGGGAUCUUGACCAUGCGGCCCUUGCAAUAUCUUGGACGACUUUCUUUUGCUAUCUACCUUGUCCAUGUGCCCAUAUACCAGAUUAUCCGUGCUCCUCUGCGGGAUUAUCUUUGGCGCAUUCAGGAGAAUCGAGAAUGGCCUGGACCUUGGGAAGCUUCCCAGAGCGUGUCGUCGUUUUACUCGUGUUGGGUUGCUUCUGGAAUCGUUUCAUACUUUACGGUCUUCGUCGCGGCUUGGUCAUAUACGCAGUAUGUGAGUCCGCAUGUUGAGCGAAUCUCUAGGGACACAGAUAAAUGGCUGAACCAGACGGAGACUGAGGCUCUAGCUGAGGGAAAGAAAGGAUUUUAA